AUGGGGCGCCAACUUGUCAACGCUAACAGAUUUCGGCCGGAGGAGCCGGCAAACUUGUUAGUGCACGGUCUUGUUUCUGCUGCCAGUCACCAAUCACUACAGACGAGAUGCAUCGACGCCGAUUCAGGGGCGCUAGAGAAGUUUGCCGUGCCGCAGAUAAUGAGUUGUUUGCACCUUGUCUAUCAAGUGGCUCUGACUACCUUCAAUAUCCGGCAAUGCGGAUGCCUCAAGUCAGGUAGUUUUGGAAUACAGGCGAGGCAAGAAAUGUUCAUGAUAAUUUUCCAGCGAUACAUCUGUAGGAAAUGUCGCGCCCGCUAA